GUGAAUGGCAUGACGUUUGAGGGCACGAGUCGUACCAAACAGAGGGCCCGACACGAGGCCGCCCGACACGCCAUCCAAUACUUCUCACAAACGGUUCCACUACUGCCUGAACCCACACUCUUAGCCCCACACGACUCCCGGUUCCGCAACCGUUACGAUCACUACCAUCGAUAUCAGCCCUACUAUAGGAGUCAUGCGAUUCGAGACAUACCUUUCCAUAGACGAGCCGAUGUCCAGCCUUAUAGUCGGCCACCACUUGGACCUCAAGAACCGCAGCCAUCAGGCGGUGAUGAUAGACCUGUCGGCCAAACUGUAGAGGCAGUGGAACCUAAAGCCGAUGCUAAUCGGCGUCUCACCGAUGACUUUACCGCCGAUGACUUUACCGCCGAUGACUACACCGCCGAUGAUUUCGUUGAGUUCUGUGAUAAUAAAAUCGACGAACAGUUGGAAGAGAUGUUCACCUCAGAGGACACGAGUGAACAACACGUGACUAAUCGUAAGGAAAGGAUAAUACUGAGGGUUACGGGCGAUUCGCCGGCCAAUCAGAACCCGGUGUCACUGAUCCAUGAGCUGCAGCCCAACGCCAAGUGGGUGUGCACUGAGCUCAACACCGGGCGCUCCCACUCCUCGUCCUUUGAGAUGCGACUACUGUUACCGCUCGCCAACGAGUGCUUCACUGGCGUCGGGCGCACCAAAAAGUUGGCCAAAUGUGAGGCCGCGUCCAAAGCGUUGCUUCAGAUGUACAACAUUUCGUUGAGUCCUCCCAAUGACACCGCUUCGGGACAUAUUCAGCACAGGAAUACUGUACACAUCGCUCAGGAGCCUCUGGUUCUCAAACAGGACAUCGCCGAUAGGAUUGGCAGACAAGUGAUGACCAAAUGCAGUGAAAUUUGGGAUAAAUUGGUUGAACUCAAGAAAUGGACAGUACUUUCAGCGAUUGUAUUGACUGAUGAAACAAACGCAGAGUUUGUUGAUGUGAUAUGUAUGACGAGUGGCACAAAAUGCGUUAAAGGGGACAGCCUUUCGAUGAAUGGUUCGGCACUCAAUGACUGUCACGCGGAGGUAUUAUCCAGACGCGCGUUCGUGUCCUAUAUUUACGGCCAAAUUGAGAGUCUCGUUGAUAAUAACUUCGAAGAUAAACCGGAACUCAUUGUAGAGAGACGUGUGGAUGGGUUUGGGUUUCGUUUAAAGAAACACAUAAAAGUCAAUCUAUUCAUCAGUACCGCGCCGUGCGGUGACUCCCGGGUCUUCAGUCCCAAAGAGGAGGAAGGCGACGCUCACCCCAACAGACAGACCAGAGGUUUGUUG